AGAAUCGCCUGUUGCUGUUGCUAGACUGAAUCUUUUCGCCAUGGCGGCUGCCGUGUCCGUUAGGAGCACCGCUGACAGCGAAUCCUCACACCCUGCUUCUAGCCCAGGUCUCGAAUUGCCUCGUCGUGUGGACGACUGGGGAUUUUCGGAGUAUGGUGAGACGGGAGUAGACGAAGAGAACCAGCGGAGGACCGAGGAGGAGCUGCUGACACUAACCGCCGAAGAGAUUGAAAGCCGCCUCGAGAGGACCCGCAGAGAGUUUCAUAACCGUCGAAAAAUUAUUAUCAAAAAUCUGCCAGCUGACAUCUCUAACCAGGCAAUCCAUGACCUGCUGAGCAACUAUGAUUUGAAAUACUGCUUUGUGGAUAAAUACAAAGGAACAGCUUUUGUCACACUGCUAAAUGGUGAACAGGCAAAAUCUGCAAUCAAGGAGUUUCAUCAGUACGUUUUACGGGACAAAGAAAUUUCUGUACAGCUGCAGCCCACAGAUGCCUUAUUAUGUAUUGCUAACCUGCCCCUAUCUUACACACAGCAACAGUUUGAUGAGUUGGUGCGUCCUUUUGGGAACAUAGAACGUUGCUUUCUGGUCUAUAGUGAGAAUACUGGUCAUUCCAAAGGGUAUGGGUUUGUUGAAUAUAUGAAAAAGGAUUCUGCCGCCCGAGCCAAAUCAGAAUUGUUGGGAAAACAACUGGGCACCCGUAUGCUGUAUGUACAUUGGACUGAAGUAAAUUCACUCACAUAUCCGUUACUUCACUCUCGGUGCUUAUGUGUGGAUAGACUGCCCCGUGGACUUAAAAAUGCAGAUGACUUAAGGGAAUUAUUUGCCAGCUUCCAUCAACCUGUUUUUUGUCAGUUGGCUCAAGGUCAAGAUGGACAUUUCAAGAGAUUUGCAGUGCUGGAGUUUGAGACGUCAGAAAUAGCAGAAUCGGUCCAGCGUCAUUGUGAUGGGCUGGCUUUUGGCACAGGCUAUUUACGUGUGUCCUUCUGUGCUCCAGGACCCCCGGGUCGAAGCAUGCUGGCAGCCUUAAUUGCAGCCCAGGCAAUGGCAUUAAAUCGAGGAAAAGGGUUACUUCCUGAGCCAAAUGCACUUCAAAUUCUCACAAGUCUGAACAAUCCUGCCACUCUGAAGCUGCUGUUGAACCCCCUACUGCAAGGACCCCAAGCCCCCUCUGGAAGGAAGCAUGGUAUUCUUGGAACACCCCCUUCAUUGCCUUUCUUGGGUAAUCCUGCUAUUUCAACAGCACUACUACAAAUGCUACUCCAGAAUCAAACCCCACCUCAACAGAAUGUAUUACUUGGAAAUCCUUUGCUUCUGCAGAAUCUUGUUUGGACUCAACUACUCCAGAAUAAGGAAAACCAGGCCUUCCUCAGUACAGGGAUUUUGGGGGAAUCCCCACUUGCAGCUUUACCCCCAAUGAAUACAGUUCAGGGUGGAGGUAUAAUGAAUGAUUUAAUUGCAGGUGGUGUUUUGCCUGGUGUUGGUUUACAUUCUGAUGUACCUUCUGCAUCAGUUAAACCGUCCCAUCUACCUGGAGGAAAUGUGCCUUUGCCUCAUCUUCUUGGUGGAGUCUCUGCUGAAAGAGAAUCUCCUACACCCAUAGGAUUACACCUUCCACCACAGAGCUCUUCAACCCUGCCAGGCAUAGCCAACCCAGUUAUCAAUACUGUACUUGCCAGCCUGCAGCAAAAUCAAGGGAUGACUGGAGAAAAUGGUCCCUCUUUGCCUGGGGUCUCAAUACUAGGAGAGCCACCAAAAGAUUUGAAAAUGCAACAGAACCCAUUUUUGAAUAUUCAGAGCAUUUUUCCUGGUGCUGGAAUGUCCGGUACUCCCACAAAAUUGCACUCUAGCCGAAAGAAACCUACAGUUUUGGGAAACAUGUCUAAUCCUAGACUCUCCUCUGUUUCACAAAUGGAUUUUUCUAUUCCUCCUACUGGAAGGUACCAGGACAACUAUGGUUUCAGAGACCAUAGACAGGAUAAUGCAUACCAACUGCAAGAGUCCCCUGAAUCUGUGGUACGAGGUCUUCCCCCACACCGAUCAAAGGGUCCUUAUCCUGCAAGCUACAGUGAAUGGAGUAAUUUUGGUCCAUCUUCUUCUGUUGCUCCAUUCAAUGCUGGUUCACCUAGUUCUUAUUUUCAAAGUGGAAUACAUGCAGGCCUAAAGCAGUCACAUUUAAACAAGGCUGUUGGAAUGCCUUCUGUGAAUCAUGGAGGUGGAAUGUAUGGCUAUGGUCUAAGCUCAUCUCCUACUGGGAGUUUACACAAGACUCCAGGUGGAGGACAGAAAAGAGUUUUUUCUCAUCUCAUUCCUUCUCCUGAACCCAGUCCAGAAGGUGGAUAUAUUGGCCAGCAUUCACAGGGUCUUGGUGGGCAUUAUGCAGAUUCCUAUUUGAAAAGGAAGAGAAUAUUUUAAGAUGAGCCCUGGAGUACCAUUCUGUUCUAAUCAUGUGCUCGAAUUUCAUUUUUAAUAUAUAAUAUAUAUAUAUUGUGUGAAGAAUGUUUUGAUUUGAUCUCAUUUUUGCCUUUGGGCAAUAAUGAGCAACUCUAGUUCUAUUUUUGUUUUAUUAUUUUAUUUUUUUUUUUCUGGAAAGGCUAUUAUGGGCCAAGUUUGUUUAAUGAUUCAUAAGGUCUUUAAUUUGGUAUACGAAUUACUUCUAUAUCAUUAUGCUCCUUUCCUUUUUUUUUAAAUAUGUUUUUAGUUGUUUUUAAUUUAAAUUUGUGUAUGUAAAUUCUUUUUAAUUUAAAAGUUGGCCUUUCCUUAAUGUUAUGACAGACUUAUUAUAAUGGAAAGUGUGUUUUCCUGUAUUCUGUUCAUUUGACUCACAUUUUACAGAUGUCAAAGAUUUGAUUUAAUUUUUCCUCUGACCUUUUUAUUAAGUUCUAGUGUGGUUGUGUGUUUUGUUCUCUGUAUUGUCGUCUUGGCUAUGUAUAAAUGGUAUGUUUAUAGUAAACAUUGCAUACCUUCUUUUAAUUGUUAAUGAAAGCUACUUGAGCCUCUUGACAGAAAUAUAUUUUCCAGUUGUAAUGACUGGAUGACUUUGUGCUACCUUUUUAAAAUUGUGCAACAGUUGCAAAUACUUAUUUUUACAUGGAAUAUUUCUUCCUUAUUUUUGUAAUCAUUAAAAGUGGCACUUCUUAAUGGAAUUUCCAUGUAGUCUUUAAGACCAUUAGUUUGAAAAUUUUUUUUUUUUUUUUUUUUUUUUGGCAUUAGUGUCCGUCUUGGGUUUUACAAUCUUAGGCUUAAGUAAUUUCAGUUUAGACAGACUGGGAACCAUUAUUUAGCUGCUGCUUUUAAAAUGCAUACAUCUAUAUUUGUACUAAAUUUGCAUAAUCUUUCAAUCAGAGCUGCCUUAUUCAAAAGCUGUUACUUGCACUAUUUGUUAAAUAUUUAAACCUGGGUUAUUGCAAUGUAGUUUUUCAAUUAAAAUUUGUGGAAAGGGUUUAUAAGAAGGGUAUAUUCUUUCAUGAUCCAAAAGAACAUUGUUUUAAUUUAAGGUCAGAGUAUUAGCAAAUUUUGACUACAUGAUUCAAGUUGAUGUGAGUGUGGUGUGUUUGUCCCCAUCCCCCUUUCCUUUCUUUCCUUGAAGCUAGCAACACCAUCACAAAAGUGUUCUCCAUAAUAUUUGACUGCACCUGACUGUUCAAUUUUUAUUGUCUCUUUUAUGGUGAUCCUAAGGAUAGGAAAAACACAUUUAUAGUGGAAUUUAAGCAUUACACAUCACAAGUUUGUGUUUGUUAAUAGACACAAGUUUUUUUUUUUUUCCCUCCUGUUCUACUUUUUUGAUAUCUUCUCACUAUUUUCAUGGUUUUGUUAUUUAUUUCUUAAGGGCUGUAUGUGUAUAAAGUGUGUGUGUGCGCGUGCCCCUCACGCUUGUUUUCUCUUUUGAGAAAACACUUUUUAGUUCGUUUAAAACUGCCAGCUCUUAACUUUUAAUGUCAUUGAAGGGGUUCUCUUAGUCCAUUGAUCUUUUGUUUCUUUUCUAGCAUCAUAUGCACAAUAUACAUACACUGCCAAUAUAAAGCAAAUUGUUUGGAAGGAAUUGUAUACUGUUUUCAAUGGACCAAGUGAUUCAGCUUUUUGUGUUCCUUGAGAUAUAUAUAUUUUUUUUCCUCUUCACUGGACUACUUCUGCUCUACUUCGAUGUUUGACACAGUAAAAGUAAUUUGAAAACAUUUGUGUCCAUCUCUUUUACUUCUAAACAUUUGUAUUAGCAUCACCUAGUUUGUUAGAUUAAUUUUACCUUCUUGCCACUUUGCCAAUUAAAACUGCCUUGACUUUGUAAUUACCUCAUAGCUUGUUCAGCCAAACUAGAAUGUUACACGUGUGUCAUUUGUAGUGUAUAAUGAUCAAAGUAGAUGUAUGAUCUUCCCAUUCUGGGUGUCUGUGUGCCAUAAACAUUGACUUGUCUUUGUGUCCAUUCUAAAUAACGGCAUAAUCAAGGUGUUUUUUUGUUUUGUUUUUCCCCCCCAAAUUUCAUUAUUUCAUAUUUGCCUAUAGUUAAGUAUUUUGAUUUGCACAUUUAAACAUUGUUCAGUUAACACUAAGGGUUUGCUUUUGAGUAUGUACCCUUUUAUUUCUUAAAAGUAAUAAUAACCUUGUCGGACCUUCAUUCUCAUCAAUGUGAAGUAUUUGAAUGUGCAGCAGAGUAUGUGAGUAGUUUAACCUGUUCUUUGUGCGUGGCAUUUAGCCAAAGUUAAAGUAAGAGUGUGAAAUCUAAUUGGAUUUGUUCUCUAAAGGAUUUAAAAGCACAUUUAAUUUUGACUUUAAAAUGCAUUUUGCCAUGUGUUGAACAUGCUUGAAUUAAUAAAAUAUAGUAAAUGUC